GAUCACUAUGAGGCUGAGCUGUCCGAGCUGCCCCUGUACCAAAUAUAUUUUUAAAAAAAUCAAUAUUGAUAGAAAUGCAUUGUAGGUUAAAAGUCAAGAUAAGGAGGCUGGAGAGAUAGCUCAGUAGAAUAAGUGCUUGCCUGGAAAGCACAAGAGCCUGAGUUCAAGCCCUGGUUCUACCAAAAUAAAUAAAUAAAAAGUCAAGAUAGAAUAACAGUAGUAUACACACACUGCCAAAGAUAAGGGCAGUCAAGUCAGAACUAACAGCAGCUCGGACACAGAGCCAGGGGUACAGGGAAACUUGGGAACUACACAGAGCCAAGAGCAGUGACACUAUCGGGAGUGAGACACUUUCCCCACUGGCCUCAGAAUUGCUUCACCUCCUGCCCCACAGCACUCCGCAGUCUCUCCCUUAAGGGCCAAAGGUCUGAUGGUUCUCCCUUUCCUUCUCUCCUGUAUCUGGAAGCCGCGGCAAUCAGGAGGAGGUCAGUCUAAACAUCCUGACUUCUGGCCCUGCUUACUUCUUUAACUAGCCCAGAGCACUAGUAUAGCAGAACCCUUCGGCGUUCUGAGGCAGUCAAAGGAGAGCUGAGGCACUGAGGGUCAAGGUGUCAAGCUCUUGUCCUGUCUCUGCCACUCCCUAUGCGGGUGAUACCGGGCGAAAUGGUUUCAAUUUCUUCCCCUGAGUCUUUGAGGGAUACUUGGAAUAUAGAUCGCUUGGGUUUGAAUGCAAGCUGCACCGAAGUGCUACGGUGCGGUGCGUACUUGAACAAAUUAUCUCCUGGGUCUCAAUUUCCCUGUGGGAGGUACCAUAAGAGGUAACUGAGAAAGCCAUCAGUUAACUCCACGGCUCCCAGCAAGCGCUCAACAGUUGUGAGCAAAUACUGCCUUGCGCUCCGUUCUGCAGGAAGAGCUUCGCUCUGCAUGGCACCUGCUGGCAGCGGGAGAGAGGUGCCGACGGGCCUGCAGCGACCCCCGCCCCCCACCCCCAGUCCCCGGCAGGCGACCUGUAGCCUGACAGGCGGUGCAUUGUGGGGCUUGUAGUGCGGGGCUGGGAUAGGGUGGGUGGGCGCGGCCGCCGCAGCCACAGCGGGGCCAUUUUCGCCGGGAGGGCGGGCUCCGCCUGCUCAGCGCGCACCGGCGCCCCUCGCCCGGCCGGAUGGCGCCGCGGCCGCUGGGCCCCUUGGUGCUGGCGCUGGGCGGCGCCGCAGCCGUGCUCGGCUCGGUGCUCUUCAUUCUCUGGAAAGCCUACUUCGGCCGUGGACGCGAGCGGCGCUGGGACCGCGGCGAGGCCUGGUGGAGCUUGGAGCCCGCCCGCCUCCCUCCGUGGGUCCAGUGGGACCCCGAGGACGAGGAAGCCGAGGAACCGGCUCUGGAGGAGUUGGAGCAGCGCGAGGUGCUGGUGCUGGGGCUGGAUGGCUCUGGGAAGAGCACGUUCUUGCGCGUGCUGUCGGGGAAGACACCGCUGGAAGGCCACGUCCCCACCUGGGGCUUCAACUCCGUGCGACUGCCCACCAAAGACUUCGAGGUGGACAUUCUAGAGAUUGGUGGCAGUCAGAACCUGCGCUUCUACUGGAAGGAGUUUGUGAAUGAGGUGGAUGUACUAGUGUUCAUGGUGGAUGCAGCUGACCGGCUCCGGCUGCCUUGGGCCCGACAGGAACUGCACAGGCUGCUAGACAAGGACCCUGACCUGCCUGUCGUCGUGGUGGCCAACAAGCAGGACCUGAACGAGGCCCUGAGUGUGGUGGAGCUGGAGCAGGAGCUGGGUCUGGAGGCUGUUGACAGCCAGCGGGAGAUUUUCUUCUUGGCAGCCAGCAUUGCCCCUGUAGGACCCGACUUUGAAGACGCUGGCACCGUGCACAUCUGGAAACUACUCUUGGAGCUUCUCUCCUAGGCAGGGAUGCCUGCUCACUGCCUAGCCCAAGUGGCCACAGUUCCACUGCCUUCUGCUUCAUUUCCAGCCUGAGCCCAGGGCAGGAACCACUUGGUAGCACUUCCCUUCUUCCCUCCCUGCCCUCUCCAGAGCAGGGCUGAGAACCAAACAGAAGCCUUCCUAGUGAGGUGGCCCUGGAGGGCUGCAGCAUGGAGGUGGGCAGGCAGAGGAUGGGAGAGGGUAGUGUAGCUCCUUCUGGCUGGAGUGUGGCUCCAGCUUUCCCUUCCCUUCCCUUCCCUGCACAGUGACACGCUCAGUGGGCUCAGUGUUUCCCUCCCUGCAGGUCUCAGUGACUGAGGAACUGACAGAAAGGUCACAAGUACUUCUGGGUCUUCAGGUCUCCUGGUCUACUCUUGAUGUUAUGCCCUUUCCAUAUGGGCAGGUUCUUAGUAUGCAAUGAGCCCUUGCUGCCAGUCCUGUGUUGUCCCCUAGUCCCUGCUCUGCCUAACUGGCUUGUGGCCUUUUUUAGUCUCUGCCUCUUUGGCUCCAAGGCCAUCAUUUUUAAAUGGAGGUGGUUUCCAUAUUUUUUUCUAACUACCAGUCACAGAGAUACAGUGCUAGAGUGAACCUGGAGACUCUAGCAAGGAUCUUACCAAACACUUCCCAGCUUUUAAAGCCUGGCCUGACCACCUCUUUUGACUACAGAGUAAGUGCAGUUCAUCUACCAAAAUGUGUGCGUGUGCAUGUGUGUGUGUGUGUGUGUGUGUGUCCAUGUCCCUAAUCUGGAGACAAGCUGCUGUUCUUGUACUAACUGUGCCAAUGCCCAUGUUUACAUAAAUCUGGGAAAGGAAGGAGCCCAGGUUUCUGGGAAUAAGACUUAACUAGAGCUGGGAGUUAGACUCAGAACUGUUUUAUUUAUUUAUUUAUAUAUGUAUGUAUUUAUCAAAGAAACAGGCCAAAGUUCUACAUUCUAUUUCUAGGUGCUGUAAUCAAAACACCAGGUGAUUGUUAGAGAAAAUAUGGAACUUUGAGGCAAAUAGCUAGAAUCACAAAUAAUAUUCUGGUAACUUAAAGAUGUCAAUGGAUUCAAAGCUGUAGUGCCCCCAGGGAGCCUUUGAGAUUGUAAUUAAUACUUUAUAUUGAUUCACAUAAACGUUAAACUCUACUGCUUUGCCCCAAAUGUUAGAAACAAACGGUCUUCUAGGUAGCUAAACAAAUGUCUUUGGAAGAUAAUUUCUGUUAUGUAAAUCCAAUAAAAAA